AUGCCUGUCACUCUGACCACUGCGGGCCAUGAAGCCCAAGGCUGGAAGAGCCCUAGGGUAUCUAACUCGGAACAACUGUUCCAACAGUCGCGGCCCAGAGACUUCAAUCGUAGCAAAAGGCUCAUACAAAGCUCCUUCACACAAAAUGUCUUCGACGAUACCCAUAUCUCUGGAUCCGAGCACGGCUUCGUAUGGGCUGUCUAUAGCGCAUACAGCCAUCACCACCAUUUAACUCUACGACCUGACGAUGUUUGGUUUUCGAUCCUCUCACAGUUGAGAUAUUACAUCCCCGCACAUGCCGAAGAGCUACGAUCCUUUUUCGUUUCCCACGAGGGGAAAAAGAAGCUCGAAUUAGUCGCCGAUGGGGACAUCAAAACCGUCGAUUUCGGAGCCCUCGCGCUAUCUAUGACCCAACUGGUCCAGGAAAACGUUAACGACCCCGACCUACGCACCUGGAUUAUGCCCAACUUUAGUACUACCACACAGACGGACCGCGUCGUGGCAUCUGUAUUGAUGAUGGGGGCCUUGCAGAAAUACUUCGACUACGAGAUAGCACUAGACUGCGGCAUCCCAACCGUGACAUUGCUCGGUGAGCGCGAUGAUUGGGAACAAAUGUUGUGUAAACUGGAUCCCAUUUGCCGACUUGGAGAAGAACCUACGUGCUUUGUCUCCCUGCUGCGCCCGGUUCUCCGGCGAUUUGUGGCUUCCUUUGACAACCCGACUUCGCCCGAUAUCAUCGACUUCUGGAACAAAUGCGCCCAUAAAUCUGGCGGAAGCGGAACCCAUUAUCUCUCGGGCUGGCUGACGGCGUUCUGCUUCUGGGACGAUGAGGGUCGUUCGUUGUUCGGGCAUGGUCCCCGGAAGGAGGUCUCGCUGGGUGAGUGGGAUGGCGAAUGCGCGGGAUGUGAGCUCGACGGCAUUUACUAUCACCGGAUGGACUCUUGGCAAAUCCCAGCGGGGGUUGGGUCAGUCCCUGUCAAUGUACGCGAUUACGAUAGCACUGAGCACAGUAUGGUGAUGUUGGCUGGUUUGCCUGGAAUCCAAGCAGUGUCCUCUGGCCUUGAUGGUUCGGGUCCUCUUGAUUCAAUCCGACCACUGUCCGGAUGGUGGAUUUAUGAGAAGGAGGGCCUUGCGGAGGAGGAGAGACGGGAAGAAGAGGCGAAGGUGAUUAAUGAGGAAUUGAAGGUUAUGAGAGAGAUGGAUAAUGACAAGUGCGAUAUGAAGCGCAUGAUCACAUUGUUGAAUAGGAGGGAAGAACUUCUGACUAUGUAA